AUGCUGAGUCGAGGUGGAUUCGGUGUGCACAAAUUCUGCUCCAACAGCGCCGAAGUCCUGAAGCACAUCCCGGCCGAGCUCCAGGAGAAGCUGGUAGACUUCGAAACUUCCGAGAUCAACGACACGAUCAAGACGCUUGGGCUGAUCUGGAAUCCGAACUACGACUACUUCACCUUCAACGUUCCACACCUGGUGCUCAAGGGAAGUCGGCCCACAAAGAAGAUCGUGCUCUCGGAAAUUGGAAAGCUCUUUGACCCACUUGGUUUUCUGGGACCGGUGGUAACGAAGGCGAAACUGAUGAUGCAAAAGCUUUGGGAGCUAAAACUUGGUUGGGACACCGAGUUGCCGGACGAACAGAUGCAGCGGUGGUUGGUGUUUCGCGAACAACUCGUGCUUGCGGCGUACGGAGCGGUCUUGUACGUCAAGAGCGAGCUCAAACACGGCACGAUCAACAUUCAACCGGUGUGCAGCAAGUCACGCGUCGCCCCACUGAAACCCACGACGAUCCCUCGACUCGAAGCAUGCGGAAUGGUGGUGCUGGCAGAGCUGACACACAAGACGCUGGGAGCCCUGAACGUGAAGUUCGACAGAGUGCGCCUUUUCUCCGACUCCAUGAUCUGUCUGAACUGGCUGAAAAAGUCCCCGGCGCAACUGAACGAGUUCGUGUGCAACCGAGUGGCCACAAUCGUCGAACUGACCCAGAACUACGAGUGGGGAUUCGUCCGAUCGGAGAACAACCCCGCUGAUUCGUUGUCACGAGGCCUGGACCCCGAGGAACUGAUCGACGACGAGCUUUGGUGGGACUGCGACCCAAACCAGCGACAGCCCAGUGACACCAGCGAAGCCGAGGUUCCUGAACUGGCUGAUGAAGAUCUCCCGGAGCUGCGCAGUGCGAAGGUCGUCCUUGCUGUAACCGUGGAGAAGCCGUGCACCAACUUUAAUCGCCUCAGCAACAUCAACCGACUGUACCGCGCGUGGGCUUACGUGUGGCGGUUUAUUGAGAUCACCCGAUCGAAGAAAAGGAAUCCUCCCAGCAAUCCGUUGACGGCGAGUGAGUUGUCCAGGGCAACCACAACCAUCGUCAAGAUCAUCCAGCAGGAGGCAUUCACGGAGGAGAUCAAGCAACUGCGUACGGGACAAGCGAAGCGGAACAAGCUGUCGAGUCUUGCGCCCUUCCUAGAUGGCGAUGGCUUGAUUCGAGUUGGCGGGCGAUUGAAGUACUCGAACAUUCCCUACGCCGGCAAGCACCAAAUCCUGUUACCCGAAAAGCACCCGUUCGUCACUCUACUGGUUCGCCACCUGCACGAACUGAACCUGCACGUAGGACAAAACGCACUAGUAUCGAUGAUCCGCCAGCAGUACUGGCCGAUCAAAGUGAAGAACACGGUCAAGCGAGUCACCUUCGACUGUGUCAUCUGCUUCAAGCACAGAUCUCCACAAGUACACCAACCGAUGGGUGAGCUGCCAAGCUACCGUGUGACACCCGCGCCAGUGUUUGCUUCGACCGGUGUGGAUUUUGCUGGACCCUUCACACUGCGAGAGAGUGGCAGAAAGCCGAAGUUCUACAAAGCCUACGUAGCAGUGUUUGUGUGUAUGGCGGUCAAGGCGGUGCAUUUGGAGCUGUGCACGGAUCUGCGGACGGAGACGUUCCUGGCAGCACUGCAGAGGUUCACCAGUCGACGAGGCCUCCCAUCGAACCUGCACUCCGACAAUGCCACGACAUUCGUCGGUGCCAAAAACGAGUUGGCCGAACUGCGGGAACUGUUCGAGAACCAGGUGCACAAGGACAAGCUGGCCGACUUCUGCAGUUCGAAAGGCAUCACCUGGCACUUCAUCCCACCCCGUAGCCCUCACUUUGGCGGGAUAUGGGAGGCAGGAGUCAAAGCGAUGAAGUACCUGCUCAAGCGCGUCGUGGGUGAAACACGACUCACCUACGAAGAGAUGACGACAUUCCUGGCCCAGGCUGAAGCAACAAUGAACUCUCGUCCGAUGUGCCCCCUCUCGGACGACCCAAACGAUUUGCAGGCUUUGACGCCCUCCCACUUCCUGAUCGGGCGACCGGCUCACGCCCUACCAGAGCCCUCGUACGAGCAGGAGAAGAUCGGCAGGUUGUCCAGGUGGCAGCACGUGCAGUACAUGAGAGAGCACUUUUGGAAGAGGUGGUCUGCGGACUAUCUCCACACGUUGCAGCAGCGGCAGAAAUGGAAGGACGGCGUGCUGGACAUCAAGGUUGGAGCCUUGGUGUUACUGCGAGAAGAGAACAUUCCACCCCAGCAGUGGAAGAAGGGCCGCAUCACAGCCACACAUCCCGGCGAGGACGGUGUGGUGCGUGUGGUCACCGUGAAGACGGCGAGCAGCGAGUACAAGCGGGCAGUGACCAGGAUCUGCCUGUUUCCGGAUGUUGACUCUAACGACCCAACGGGGAGUAUGAUUGCGCUGCAUUGA